AUAUCCAAGCAAGACCCCAGUCUGGAGGGUCAUGAAUAAAGCCCAGGAUCUGCUUGACUGUGGCCGAAAGAAGGCUUGAACCACAGGUCCCCGCUGUGCAGGGAGUGAUGCUUAUUCUGCUCCAUGCCAUGGUCACCCCGUUGCUCUGUGUCAUCCAGGCUGCCCCCCUUCCCAACACCUACAUCCUUCCUAACACCACUGAUGCUCUUUGGGCCGAGACACCCCUGAGGGAUUGGGACCUCUUCUCUCCACGUGUCACCCUGUCCAGCCAAGCCCCUGCAGAGCCCCCCUUGCUUUUCCUCAUGGAGGACUCCAAUGCCCAGCCUGGGCAAGCUGCUAACAGGACACUCAAGUCCAAACGGUCCUUGGAAGGGUCCCUACGCCGGGGAGAGAUGUCUGUGUGUGACAGUGUCAAUGUGUGGGUGACAGACAAAAGGACGGCAGUGGACAUCCGUGGCAAAACUGUGACAGUGCUGUCUGAGGUCCAGACACUUACAGGCCCCCUCAGGCAGUAUUUCUUUGAAACCAAGUGUAAUCCAGCUGGAGGAACCGUGAGUGGAUGCCGGGGCGUGGACCGACGCCACUGGAUCUCCGAGUGCAAGGCUAAACAGUCUUAUGUGAGGGCUCUGACUAUGGACUCUGACAAGAUCGUUGGCUGGCGCUGGAUCCGGAUUGACACUUCCUGUGUCUGCACCCUUCUCACACGCACUGGCCGGACGUAGGGAGGAAAGGGUAGUCCAAGACUUCAUUUUGGCCAGUCAAGACAUGGCCAGCUCCCUGAUGUGUUCAAUCAUGGAUUGGAAUAAUUCCUAAAUUUAACUCAGCUCUCAUUGGCCAAAGGGUGUGUGUAUAUGUAUGUGUGCGCAUGCACAUGAGUGUGUCUGUGUUGAAAAAGAAAAGGGUGGUCCCUAGUGAUUAACUUCUGGGCUGCUUUGCUGAUUCCAUUUGUGCUGCAGCAAACCAGGGGUCUGUAUCCAGAAGGUACACCAUCAUGGCCAUAAGCUGUGGGCAUUUGGUGCCUGAGUGGGAAGCACGUUUUCUUUGCCUUGUUGAGAGGGCUGGAGAAACCAACUUUAAAGCCCUACUUGGAGAAAGCUAGGCAUUGCUUAUGGCUGGAGGGCAGCAUUAUCCAUGCUAAUUGGUGGAUGGUUCAAAAGACAUUAGUGGGGUUUUUGCAGUAAAGAGGAUCUCGGUGAUUACUACAUGUGAUCCAGGCACGGGUAUCAUGAUCCUUGUUUUCUACACUCCCCAUAAAUCUUUCUUUUGCAACCUUGCAAUGCACAGUGGACUGCCCUACCCCCACCCCAUGUUCUUCCUAUGCACUCUGCUAGUUCAGAGUUUUUCAAAAUGUCUACCCUCAGGGAACUUUUCCCAUCUCCAUACAUCUGCCAAGGAUUCCCUGCAUGUAAUUAAAAAAAAAUUGUUUUAGGGCAUGUUUGAAAGUGCAUUGUCUGUACAUGUGUGGCCAGCAGCCACACCUGCUGGGCCUCACCUCCAUUCUGUGCACACAGCCUAGGACUUUUGAGUGUGCAUUGGGAGGGAAAUUCAAUCAUUUUGGGAGGUUUGUCCACCUUUAUCAAGCUGUGUGUUGGGAAAACAUCCGAUUCACCACCAAAAUCCUUUGGAAUACAGUUUUGAAAAACGGUCGGUGAGGUGGCAAAUGUUUACUUCUGGAAUCCCCUUUCUUCCAGUUUUCCCCUCUCUUCCUAUUUAUUGCCUCCCCUCCAGCUACAGCCUGUCUGUGACCCAAUCCUGCCAUGUUAAUUAUUAACUUAUUUGUGUACAUUUAUUCUGUGGGGAAAUCAUUUCUAGGAAAAUGCGUGUGUGUGUUGGAGGGAUUAAAAACAAAAAUACAGGUCUGCGACUUCCUUUCCAUUGUCAUGAAUAUCUAUCUUUGGGGGCUAGAGGGGGAGCAGAGGAAGCCACUACUCAAGAAAACAAAACUUGGAUUGCAUCCAGCCCAUCCUAACACCCCAGCCUUCCUAAUAUUUUUCAUUCUUAAAGACCUUGAGUUUGAAGUGCCCAUAGAAUAGGAUCUCCACCUCAGCCUCUGCUUGGAAUUCUCUGUGGCCUUCAGUGCCACCUGGAGGCUGAAAGUAAUAUUGCAGGGUCCUAGUCUGAGGUCAA